CAGUGCCCGGUCGCAGGUUACGUCGUCGCUUGGGAACCAAGAUGCCUCUCUCGACUUAGAGUUACGGACCUUGCGAACGCCUCCGGACAGUCGUGUCGUGCCACGGACACCUACAGCACCGCGAAAAAAGCCCUUACGCCGGGUGGACCGGCAUAACCUGCAGCCUCGACGUCUCACGUACGUUGAAGAUGUUGGAAACAUCAUGCCUCAAUGGGAACAGCACAUGGGACAGGACAGCAGCAACAUUGACAGUGGAAUCGAUCUCGGUCGCACGGUGCCAUUCAAUGGGGAUACCGACAAAGAAAAUCGGCCCGAUCCGGCCACCCUGGAUCCUACUGACAGUGAAACACACGAUGACAUAAUACCCAACUCCCCAAAAAAAACAGUCGAACCUGGAUCUUUAAGGUUCCAGAUAGAUCAAUGGAUGGAACACGUAAAGGCCAAUUUAUUCAACCAAUAACUGAAAUUAUUUUUGUUACUUUUUUGUUUUCAAAUAUAUUGAAUUUUAUUUAUACAUCACACGCCCAGUGUAUUAUAAACAAGUUUAAUAUAUGUGAUCCAAUAGGCAAACUAAACAAAAUUGUUGCCUAACAGAGUUUAUAGUAUGUAAGUGUUAUUGUUGAAAUAAACAAUGAAAAAAUUAAUUCAUGGUACAGGAGUCAGUAAAUAAAUACAAUUCGAGUAUCUUUGACAUGUAUUAUCAAAUGAUUUUAAACAACCAAAUAAUUUUACAUUUACAAAUAAAAUCAUGGUAGUUACAAUCAUGAGAGUCAAUCGUUUUAAUAAUCACAAUAAUAUAAUUAUAGCUGUGUGAUGAUAUUAUAAUAAAAAUAAUUUUUAAAAAUAAAAUAAAAUAAUGUUUUUCCAUUUGUACUACAUUUUGUCACAUUCAAUGUACAUGAGCUCUUAUUCCCGUGAUUCAUUAGAAUAUGCAGCACACGUAACAAUAUAAAACAUUAGUUAUUGUACAGCGGUGGUUUUCGUUUGUGUAAGUAUAUGUAUAAAUUAUGUCGAGAAAAGAAGAAUGUCAAUAAUCAAUGCUCUCGAGACUGUAUAGGUGGCUUAAAAUGAAAUGCAAGCUUUGUCGUUUUGGCAGCUAAGUACGACGACGAUGAAGCAUCAAGAGUCUAGUUAAUAAUGCGACUGAAGCUUUUAUUGGUCUCGUAGUUAGACCCACGCUUGUCUAUUCGGUCGUUAAUUUACUCAUCCGUUCAUCCACUCGUUUAUUUAUUCAUUUUUUUUUUUU